AUGACUCAAGUGGAAGCAAUUAAUUUGCUAGAACCAAUGACAAAUGACCCUGUGAACUACGUGAGGCAAGGAGCUCUCAUAGCUUCUGCUCUCAUCAUGAUCCAGCAGACUGAAAUCACUUGUCCAAAGGUGAAUCAAUUCAGGCAGCUGUAUUCCAAAGUCAUCAAUGAUAAGCAUGAUGAUGUCAUGGCCAAGUUUGGCGCUAUUCUGGCCCAGGGCAUACUGGAUGCAGGUGGUCAUAAUGUCACAAUCUCCUUACAGUCCAGGACUGGACACACUCAUAUGCCUUCUGUGGUUGGCGUCCUUGUCUUUACCCAGUUCUGGUUCUGGUUUCCUCUUUCACACUUCCUGUCAUUGGCUUAUACCCCUACCUGUGUCAUUGGCCUUAACAAGGACUUAAAGAUGCCGAAAGUUCAGUAUAAAUCAAACUGUAAACCAUCCACAUUUGCAUAUCCUGCUCCUCUGGAAGUACCAAAAGAAAAAGAAAAGGAAAAGGUUUCUACUGCUGUGUUAUCUAUUACUGCCAAAGCUAAAAAGAAGGAAAAAGAAAAAGAGAAAAAGGAGGAAGAAAAAAUGGAAGUGGAUGAGGCAGAGAAAAAAGAAGAAAAGGAAAAGAAAAAAGAGCCUGAACCAAAUUUCCAGUUAUUGGAUAACCCAGCCCGAGUUAUGCCUGCUCAGCUUAAGGUCCUAACCAUGCCAGAGACCUGUAGAUACCAGCCUUUCAAACCACUCUCCAUUGGAGGCAUCAUAAUUCUGAAAGACACCAGUGAAGACAUUGAAGAGCUAGUGGAACCUGUGGCAGCACAUGGCCCAAAAAUUGAGGAGGAGGAACAAGAGCCAGAACCCCCAGAGCCGUUUGAAUACAUUGAUGAUUAAGGACCAGAGGAUCUCAUUCACUUAUCUAAAGAAGACUGUCCAGGCUCAUACUGAAAAUGCCUAUGAGGAAACUCGUGCUGAAAACCUGCUACUCAAUGCAUGUAUCAUUGCCUUUGCGCUGAUAUGAAGAACCUGUCUCCAAGUCUUUGGUUGAAGAGAAGAUAUAUGACUAUUUAGUGUGCUCUUUCACAGAACUUGGUUUUCAAAUAAAUAUAUUAAAAUCUACAGACAGACAAGACUUUGUUGAUUUGUUUUUCAGCCUGAAUUUUUAGUGGAUAUGAUACUCCCAUCAUAAGCCAUGCCUGGUGACUCACCAUGUUUGUGUUAUCCAGCACACAGGAAGCUGAGGCAGAUGGAUUUCGAGUUUGAGGCCAACCUGGGCAGCAUAGCAAGAUCCUGUCUCAAAAUCAACAACAACGACAAAAAAACAUGAAAUACCUAAAUCCAAAGAUCUAAAUGCUUAAUGUGAUGAGUAUGCUGGGUUUUUAUGUUGACAAAAAACUUAAGCUAUUCUUAAAUUACAGAGCAUUUGAGGAAGCUCAUACAUGUGACUCCUAUGCAACGAUUUUUCCCUGUGCACAUUAAUGAAUGUGUAUCUUUUCUCCUUAAAAAUAAAUUAUAAACCAUGUGAAAAUGAUGGGGCGGGGAUCAAAACUAGAGACUUCCCAGGAAGUCUCUAGUUUUUUUGAUGGGUUACAUGUUUGGGUACAGAAGAAGUCUCUUUAAUGAUGCAAGGGAAAUGUCUCUUCAGGCAGCUCAAGAGUGUUUUCUUUUUCUCCUUUUUUUUGUAAUACUGAGGGUGGAAUUCAGGGCCUCACGCUUGCUAGACAAGUGCUCUAUCAGUUAAGCCACACCCCUACCCCAUUUUGCAUUGGUUAUUUUUUAGAUAAGGUUUCACUUUAUGCCCAAGCUGGCCUGAACCACGAUUCUCUCCAGCCGUUGGUAAAAUGGGGUCUUGUGAACUUUUUGCCCAGACUGACCUUGAACCACAAUCCUCCCAAUCUCUACCUCCCUAAAAGUUAGGAUUAUAGGCCUGAACCACUGCGCCCAGCAGAUUUUCUUGAACAACU